CACUUGAGCCAGCGGAGAGAGUCGUCACCUUGUCUUCAUUGCCUUCGGGGCUGCUGAGAAGGCUAACGGAAGUGCAAGAACCAUUGACUCUUUAGACAGAAGGCCCAGAAACUAAAGAGUGACCAGUGGUUGGACUCUUGCCGGCGCUUACCCUGAACCUGAGUGUUAGGGGAGAGGGAAUCUGCUGCUGCGGUUUCUGGAGCUGCUCAUAAGCAAGAGUUCCCUAUCCUGAUCAAGGCUUUAAGCCUAAAAGAAAGCAGAAAUAGGUCAAGGGCAGCCCAAGUGCCCAAUUUCUCUCUCUCUUCACAAAGCACCGCCAGCUAUAGAGAUGAGAAAUUCUGAAGAACAGCCAAGCGGAGGAACUACAGUAUUGCAACGUCUGCUUCAAGAGCAGCUUCGCUAUGGCAAUCCCAAUGAGAAUCGUAACCUGCUUGCCAUACACCAGCAAGCCACAGGGAAUAGCCCUCCGUUCUCCACUGGCAGUGGGAACCCAGGCCCUCAGAGCGAUGUGUUGAGUCCCCAAGAUCACCAUCAGCAGCUUGUGGCACACCCAGCCCGACAAGAACCCCAGGGCCAGGAAAUCCAGUCAGAAAACGCCAUCAUGGAGAAGCAGCUGUCCCCUCGAAUGCAGAAUAAUGAGGAACUCCCAACCUAUGAAGAAGCCAAGGUCCAGUCUCAGUACUUCAGGGGCCAACAGCAUGCUAGUGUUGGGGCUGCCUUCUAUGUCACAGGGGUCACUAACCAGAAGAUGAGAACCGAGGGACGCCCAUCAGUUCAGCGUCUCAAUCCUGGCAAGAUGCACCAAGACGAAGGACUUAGAGACCUUAAGCAAGGGCAUGUCCGAUCCCUGAGUGAAAGACUUAUGCAGAUGUCACUGGCUACCAGUGGAGUUAAAGCCCACCCACCUGUUACCAGUGUGCAUCUCUCCCCACCACAACCCAGUGACCUCUACAAGAAUCCCACCAGUUCCAGUGAAUUCUACAAGGCUCAAGGGCCACCUCCCGGCCAGCAUAGUCUGAAGGGCAUGGAACACCGAGGCCCCCCACCAGAAUAUCCUUUCAAGGGCAUGCCAUCCCAGUCUGUAGUGUGCAAGUCCCAAGAGCCAGGGGGCCACUUCUAUAGUGAGCAUCGCCUGAACCAGCCAGGGAGAACAGAGGGGCAACUGAUGAGAUAUCAGCACCCCCCUGAGUAUGGGGCAGCCAGGACAACACAGGACAUCUCGCUGUCUUUGGCAGCAAGGAAUUCUCAGCCUCACAGCCCGACAUCUUCCUCUACAUCUGGGAGUUCCUUGCUGCAGUCUCCACCAUCUACCAGAUUGUCUCCUGCUCAACACGCCUUGGUCUCAAACCAAGGUGACCAUUCUACUCACCUGCCAAGGCAGCAGCAGCAUUUUCUUCCUAAUCAGAGUCACCAGGGGGACCACUAUCGUCUCUCCCAGUCCACGUUGCCUCCUCCAACAGCACAGCAGCAGCCAGGAGAAGCCUACUCAGCUAUGCCUCGGGCUCAGCAGUCUGCUUCUUAUCAGCCCAUGCCAGCUGAUCCUUUUGCCAUCGUCUCUAGAGCUCAGCAGAUGGUUGAGAUCCUCUCUGAUGAGAAUCGGAACUUGCGGCAGGAGUUGGAUGCAUGCUAUGAGAAGGUGGCGAGACUACAGAAGGUGGAGACAGAAAUCCAGCGGGUCUCAGAGGCAUAUGAGAAUUUGGUGAAGUCAUCUUCCAAAAGAGAGGCUCAGGAGAAAGCCAUGAGGAACAAGCUGGAAACUUUGUAUGGAAGGACCUGUUCAUUAUCUUCCCAUUCCACAGAGCGCCUAGAGACUGCCAACAAGCAGCUGGCUGAAAAGGAGUAUGAAGGGUCAGAGGACACCAGGAAAACCAUCUCUCAGCUCUUUGCCAAAAAUAAAGAAAGCCAGCGGGAGAAGGAGAAGCUGGAAGCAGAGCUGGCUACUGCUCGUUCUACCAAUGAAGACCAAAGGCGACACAUUGAAAUCCGAGACCAGGCAUUGAGCAAUGCCCAGGCCAAGGUGGUGAAGCUGGAAGAAGAGCUGAAAAAGAAGCAAGUGUAUGUGGAUAAGGUAGAGAAGAUGCAGCAGGCCCUAGUGCAGCUCCAGGCAGCCUGUGAGAAACGCGAGCAGCUGGAGCAUCGACUCCGGACACGUUUGGAGAGGGAACUGGAGUCCCUUAGAAUCCAGCAGCGCCAGGGCAACUCUCAGCCCACCAGUGCUUCAGAAUACAAUGCUGCUGCGCUGAUGGAGCUGCUUCGGGAAAAGGAGGAGAGAAUUCUGGCCCUGGAAGCAGAUAUGACAAAGUGGGAGCAGAAGUAUUUGGAAGAGAAUGUGAUGAGACAUUUUGCUCUGGAUGCUGCUGCAACUGUGGCUGCACAGCGAGACACAACUGUCAUUAGCCACUCUCCUAACACCAGCUAUGACACUGCCUUAGAGGCCCGCAUCCAGAAGGAAGAGGAAGAAAUCCUGAUGGCCAACAAGCGCUGCUUGGACAUGGAGGGAAGGAUUAAGAGCCUCCAUGCCCAGAUUAUUGAGAAGGACGCCAUGAUCAAAGUGCUGCAGCAGCGCUCCAGAAAGGAGCCAAGUAAGACAGAGCAGCUGUCAUCCAUGAGACCAGCGAAGUCUCUGAUGUCCAUUUCCAAUGCUGGAUCAGGCCUGCUCGCCCACUCAUCUACCCUGACUGGUACCCCCAUCAUGGAGGAGAAGCGAGAUGACAAAAGCUGGAAGGGGAGCCUAGAAAGAGGACCCAAAGUUCUCUUUAAGCUAAUGAGGCAUGGCUCUGAACCCUCCAAAACCGCAGCUGUCACUCCCAUCUCUAUCCCGGUGGCUGUUCCAGCUGCUGCUGCUGCCACUGCUGCUGCCAUCACUGCAACCGCUGCCACCAACACUGCCACUGCUGCCACCAACACCACUAUCAUGGUAGCUGCUGCUCCAGUUCCUGUUGCUGCUGCUGCCCCAGCUCCGGCAAAUGCUGCUGCUCUUGCUGCUGCUGUCUCUCUAGUUGCUGCUGUUUCUCCAGCUAUUGCGGUCUCUCCAGCUGCUGCUGUCUCUCCAGCUGUUGCUGUCUCUCCAGCUGCUGCUGUCUCUCCAGCUGCUGCUGUCCAGAGUCCAGCUGCUUCAUCUCUUACUUCUGCUACUGUUUCUCCCACUCCUCCUGCUGCUACUGCUGCUGCUGCUGCAGCUGCUGCUGCUGCUGCUGCCACUGCUACUGCUGUUCAGGUUGCUCCAGCUGCUUCGGCUCCAGUUCCAGCUCCCGCUCCGAUUCCGGCUCCAGCAACGGCUCAGUCUUCUGCUCCGACUCCGACUCAAGCAUCAACUCCAGCUCCGACAGCAGCUCCUACUCCAGCUCCAACUCCAACUCCAGCUUUGGCUCAGGCUGAGGGUCCUGCAAGUCCAGGUACCGGUUCUGGACCUCGCCGUUUGUCCACACCAAAUCUGAUGUGCAACCCAGACAAGCCAGAUGUUCCUGUUUUCCACUGCAGUACUCUGGAAAGAAAAGCACCCAUUCAGAUCCUGGGUCAAGAACCUGACGCAGAGAUGGUGGAAUAUCUCAUCUAAAUGGCACAAUCAAGAGCUGAAGUUAUCAGCAAGAGCUCUUUUAACCACUUUUUCCCUUUUGUUUGUUUAAUCUGGGGUGAUGAUGGGGUUGGGAGGUGGGGGUGAUUUUUUAAAGGGACUUUUUAAUUGGACUCUUGUAGUACUUAAUACCAUGAGAAUUCCAGUCUAUUUUGGAAUACGUAGGGAGUACCUCAAAAUGAUAGGUUAAGCAGAAUGUGCUCUAAAGCUUACUGGUUGGAUUGAUACAAAUCAUGGACUAUUAACAGGUAGUGAUGUCCACUGAUUUAAGAUGUUUCCAUUUGUUUUUUAAGCGCCCAAUUUGAGGUCAUUUUUCAUUGAAGACUACAGUAUGUGUGGAAGGCAGUUUGGAACACGUAGUUCAGAAAUGGAAAUCCAGAGAGAGUUUGAGGCCUUGCUGCUUUGUCUAGCUUCUACCUAGACAACAGCCACAGAAAGUUCUCAUUUUGAGCUGGGAAAAGACAAUGUUUUUUAGGAGCUUUGAAAGCUGGAGAAAAGGAAGAGAGUAUUGGGGUUAAGAAGGGUGCUGGAGCCAAUUUUCUCUCCCAGUUGCCAGUUACCCUGCGCCCUCAAAUUGAUGGUGUUUAUCUCCAUUUCAAUGGUGCUUUGGAAGUGGAGUCUUUUGGUUCCCUCCUGGAGGUUCAUACAUUCAUAUAUGUACUCUGGAAUAAUUUAUGCAUUUGGAUAAUUAAUAUAUUGCUUUCAGAUGGUAGGAGAGUAAAUGAACAGAGUGAUGCAUGACUUCCUCUCUCAUAGGGAGCUUGUUGUUAGAAGCCUUGACUGGGGGCUUCGUGAGAUGCUGCAUGCAGGUUUCAGUGGUCUGGGAAUAGUUAUAUGAACAUGGCUCAGUCACCUUAAAUGAGAUCAGUUGACUGACUUAGCCUUUACUUCUUCCACAACGCAGAUUCACUGGCUGAUUCGCCAGUCUUUGUUUGCCAAUAAUUUGCAAAAUGAGGAAAACAUCUUUUUUGACAGGCUGAAUGUGUUGAAUUUCUGCCUAAUACUUAGAAAUAUUUCAUUUUUGUUUUCCCAAAUUCUUGGCAUGUGUCUUCAAGGCAUAUGCAACUGUCACCUCCAUGGAAAUAACAUAAGACGUCCAAAGUACCAGGCUGCAGUCAGGAGAGAGGUUGAUUGCAGCAAUCUCCUCAACUACCUCUUCUCACUGUCAGUGACUCUAUCUUGGAAUCCCCUUAGGAAGCAGCUGGGAAUGUAUACAUGGGCGGGACCAAACAGGGAGCCUUGCCAUAGGGCUGCCUCUAAGGACACAGAGGCUGUUAGUUGUCAUGGGUCCUUGUCCUUAGUCUCUGCCCUUCAUUAAGGUAAUAGAACUGCAGAUAGUAUCACUAAGAUCAAUUUGCAGGGGUAUAGGGAGGGUAAGGGGAGGGGGACUAUUAGGUAAAGGGGAGUAGAGGUUUAGUGAUAGAU